AUGCAAAUUACCAAGUUCCUCGCAGCAAGUCUGCUCACCCUGGCAGCAGCCCACCCAGGUCCGCACCACCAGCCCAGCAAGCGUGAGUUGACCAGACGCCAUGAGUUGUCCUCUCGUUGUGCUUCAAACGUUGCGUCCUUCAACUCCAAGCGUGUCAAGCGUAACCUCUCAAAACGAUUCCCCGGCUCAGCAAACACCACCUAUCAGAUCCAGACUGAGGCCCCGUACUAUCAGAACAUCCAGAAUGACACCUGCGUGCUCACUCCCGAGGUGACAGAAGGUCCCUACAUCUGGCCACAGUCUCAGACUCUGCGUCAAGAUAUGACCGAAGACCAGCCUGGAAUCCCACUGUGGCUGGAUGUAGGUGUACUCGACAUGGAGACGUGUGAGCCACUCGAGGGCGUGCUGGUCGAUUUCUGGCAUUGCAAUGCCACGGGCUCAUACUCCUCUUUCACGGGACUGUCGCCCAACACACCUUUUGCUCAGCUGCUGGAGGACCUCAAUGUUACCAUGACCGAUGAUCUGGACUUGCACACCGAUGACACCACUUGGCUGCGUGGCAUGUGGCCUACCGACAAGCACGGUAUGAUGGAGAUGAAGACUGUGUUCCCUGGCUUCUAUGUUGAACGAGCCAUCCACAUCCACGUUCAGGUGCACACUGACUGGACCAUUCGCGGCAACGGAACUAUGGCCUACGGUGAUACUGUUAGCACUGGCCAGAUCUACUUCGACGAGCCGUUGUCCCAGAAGAUCAUGGCACAGGAGCCUUACGUUUCUCACACGGAGAUCAACCGUACCACCAACGCUGUGGAUAGUGUGUUCGAAGGCGACACUGAAAACGGAUAUAACCCCGUCGUGUCGGUGAUUCCCGUUGAUGGCAAGGAUGUCACCAAGGGUAUGAUUGGAUAUAUCACCAUCGGCGUUGACAAGACCAAGGUGGAGUAG